CCCGCGUACCAUCGGUGACACGAAGCAUAGGGAAACUGAGAAUGUUGUUGACGAGGAUCGAAAUUUCUGGCGGCCCGUGGAAAGCUUGCGAGAAACGAAAACCUAAAAACAAAACCAUAAUAAGGAAAAAUUCUCAGAGACAAUAACACAAACACAAGCUACGCACAAAGCGAAAACAAAGGAAGGAAGGAAGGAAGGAAGAAUGGUGCUGUGGGAGAUCACAUUAGGAACAGCCUAUUUCUUGGGGCUGAGGCGCACUUAUAGACUGGCUCUGAAGAUUCAGCGACGCCUCAUAAGCCCUAAGCACCCCAAGAUCCGUCAAUUUGCUCACAGGCGAACACGUGCUGUGUUUGAUGUAGCUAUCAGGGUUCACAAGAGCAUACAGGAAAGAGACAUAGAAGUUGGUCGAAAUCUUGGUAACCGGAUCCUACGAUGGCUUGAUCGGAUGAAACCCGAAGCUCAGAUUCGGGGUCCUCUGGAAAAACCCCCCACCAGUGGUAGCAUGAUGAAUAAGGUAAACUCCCACCUCAAAACUCCUGGAAGCACCCAGAUAACCAGAAAUCAGGAAUCCGACAGGCAUCUGUUUUCAACAAUGACCAAUAUGUGGUCUAAACCCCUUCCUCCAAUUACAAUGAUGAUGAGAUCACGAAAGCCUUCUGGGAUGAUAAACCAGUACAGGCACUUAUGCAUGAAUGUGCCUCAACCGUUAAGAUCGAACUACAGUGCAGGUGCGUUUGGGGGAGUUAUACGGAAAGAUAUAAUGCAGUGGAUGCUGCAAAAAUGAUGGGGAAAUAUGUACCCCUAUGUGUUUCUUUAGGAGCCAAACAAUGUUGGGAUCAAAUUAAGGAGCAGAUAGGUUUUGAGGAUGUUGGAUGCAAUACAGUUCCUCUGGGGUUGACUGCUGUUUUUCAAAAUCUGCUUUCAGAGAAGUGUAUUUGUUUUGUUUUCUUUUUCUGGGACAAUUAUAUGAUACUCUUUGUUUUGUCUGUUGUUCUUUGUUCUUUUUGGGAAGCUGUAGUUGCUUGUGACAUCAGACGGUUUUGUAAUUAAAUUACGGGGAUUUUAAAUCUUGAUUAUUGCUUUGUAAUCA